UGUUUCUAUAGAAAUUACAAAAACAGGCAUAGGCGUAACAAUGUAUUACCCAAUAAUUGGGUGUAUAUAUAUGUGUAUAUGGCUCUUUAUAGAAACUGUAGUCUUUGGAUUCGAGAUUUGAGGGAGUUAAAGAGAGCUGAAGACAAGUGCACAUCAAAACCCAAGUAACAUGAAGACUGUGGCUUUUCUUUGUUUUAGUUUCUUAUGUUCUAGGUGCACACUCUGUACCAGCCCGAGUGACAGUUUGGAAACUAAAUCUGUGACAGAUGUUUAUGAAUAUCUCUGGGAGAACAACAAAUACAUUGCCUCCGAUACAAUCGAGGUGGACUUCCUACAAGAAAUGCAGAACGGCAGUCUGCAGGCAGAGCGAUACAUCAGCUUCACCAUGCAAGACAUAAACUACAUACUGAAUGUGACGAAAAUGUUGAAGGAAAUGAGUACUAAAGUAAUCCUGCCUGUUGACCUCAGGAAUUUCAUGAUUGGCCGAUACUCGAGUUAUAAAAAAUAUUCAGACUUAAUUCUCAAUCAAUUCUUUUUUACGCGUGAGCCAACCAUUCGGCCAACUCCAGCUAUGAUGAAGUAUCUGUCGUUCUACAGAAACCUGAUGAAAGAUGAUCCGGUGUACUUUGCCGUGGGUCUUCUGCCCUGCGAACGACUCUGGGGGUGGCUGGCUGAAAACCUCAACACACCUCCAACUACUGCGUACUACUUUUGGAAGGUGGAGAAUAUGGGCGGCCAUCCUGAGAAGCACUACAGAGCUCUGCUGAACAAGUAUCUGAACACGCCUAAAAAAGUUGCGAAGGCCAAUGCUGUAUUCCGUGCACAGAUGCAAAACGAGCACAAUUUCUUCUUCUCAUCUUGAGUGGUUGAUGGCUGGCUAGUGGUUAUGAAGUGUUUCUACAAUUAUAAAUGGAAAUGUGAUUUCUUUGAAUUCUUUGCAUGACCCUCAUGAAAUUAAUCAGAAAUCCUAUUAAUGGUUAUUCAGGGCAUUUAUUCUGUAUUUUUCAGGUGAUCUUUGAUUGAAGUUUGUAGGAGAAUCAAAUUCAAGUUUUGUUUCAUUAAAACUGUAGGGAAGGUGUGAGGAUGAAGACCAGGAUGGUUGUAAAACUGUUUGCUUUAAGUGCACUAUGUAUCUGAAACUUCAAUAUUAUUUCUACACAUUUAUCUGCUACAAUUAAAAUUGUUUUGAAAUCUGCAACUUGUGCUUAAAAUGUGAAAGUAAAUGGGAAAUG